GAUGCAACAGAGUCUCCAUUGAGCUUUUUUAAUCCUAGUUUUUGCCUUCUAAAGCUCCAACCCACUUCAUUUCUGAUCAAAAGCAUGCAUGUGAAGCGGCCAAAAUCUUAAAUCCUAUAGCACAGGUUCCAGGAGAAGAGCAAAUCGAUGGAUCCAAGAGGAGAGAUCGAAGAGAGUACAAACAAAGAGGAGGUGCUUGGGGAGCUGCUGAAUGUAGCAGCGGGGCCAGAGUUAGAUCUCGAGGUCAAACAAAAGCAAAGCGUUGCUGCCGGCAACGACGACGAGAAAACUCGGGAUGGUUACAGCACGCCGACUUCUCCGAGGCAUAGAAUUCCGCUGCCCCUUCGGUGUCCUCCGGCGCCAAGGAAGCCUCCAUCCUCGCUGCGGUCGAAGAGGAAGAAGAAGAGAAGAAGCCAAGUGGAGGCGAAACAGGAGAAUGAGAUCUUUGGCGAUAAUUCAAGUCCGGUGGCCAAGAAGUCUAAGAACAUCCAGUGGACGGAAACUCAUACUACUUUAUGAAUGCAUAUAGAUAAAUGCAAGAGAA